AUGAAUCUGCAAGCAAUACUGAUGUCCAAGGAAGAUGAUGAUCAGACUCUACUAAAAGCUUUGAAGGAUGGAGCUUUACUUGUAUUGAAGCACCCCCUUACCGGUGACAGGCUAAGGCUACUAAGACAACAUGUCAUCAGAAAGAGGAUACAAAAUCUUAACAACCCUAGUGUUAUAGAUAAGUUUCAUCGUGUAGAAAAUCUUGGUAACCCUAACGUCACAUAUAACUUUAGUCAUGUCCCAAAUAUUAGCAACGUUAAUGUUGCAAACGCAUUUCCUUGGGUCAUGAAAAAAGAGCCAACCAUGUACGAUGGGGAUGCGAUUGCAUGUAAGAGUGUAUUUAGUAAGAGGAAGAGUAGGAUGCACCUAGUAUGGACUCCAGAACUACAUGAAAAGUUUAUGGAUGCUAUUAGUCAAUUGGGUGAAGGAAGGUGUAUUCCUAAGUUAAUACAUGAGCAGAUGGGUGUACCUGGUAUUACAAGAGCACAAGUUUCUAGUCAUCUACAGGGUCCUUCAAAGUAG